AUGGCUUUCCUUAAUCCGAUAUGGUCCGAAACGCUUAUCGAAGCUGUGUUGGUACAGCAGUUCCGAGAAGCUACAAAUCUCCGAGCAGCUUCUCGGAAUUGUCCUUUCUUUCCUCGGGUACUUCGAGAACCAUGUAGCCAAGCGAAAGUUGCUUCUAUCUUCUCGUGGGGAAGCUCUGGUUCUCAUCGGCUUCGUCGUGACAGUCUCCCCGCAAUUCCCGGCGCGAGCAGGCAGGAAGCGCGGCAGAUUCGAUCCACUUCUAAGAGCGUGUAUACCUCGACGGUCCCACCAGCUCCGAGAUUUGCGAGAGUUUUUGAAUUCGCGAGAGGCGGCCGGGUAACAAUCGACUCAACCACGUUUCUCAUCCAACAAUCCUUGCUCCCGCAAUCGCCGUGCCUGCUGCAUCAGCCGCAGCAGCCUGCUAGCCGCCUUUUGAGACGUCUUAAAAGUCGCUCGUUCGUUCGACAAGCCGCCACAGCGACUCCGAGGUCGGUGUCUGAUCCGGCCGCCACGUCAGCAGAUCCCGCCACGUCAGCGGAUCCCGCCACGUCAGCAGCAGGGCCCGCCAUGGUGGUGACGGCGAUUCAGGAGACGAGCGCGGAUGGCGCGUACAAGCGCACGCCCUCCGCGUUCCGCAGCGUCAUUACCGCGGAUGGUUCGAGCGGAUUUCCCGCCGUCGCUGGCAGGUACCAUCUGUACGUGAGCUACGCCUGCCCCUGGGCGUGUCGCUGCCUCAUGGCGCUCAAACUCAAGGGGCUCGACGGCGCCAUCUCCGUCACUGUGGUAGAGCCCGUGUGGAAGCGCACGAGGGAAGGGGACGACCACGUGGGCUGGCAGUUUGUGGCGCCGGGAGGGGAGGCGGAGGUGGCAGGGGCAGAGAGCGACCCUCUGAAUGGAGCUCUCUUCCUGAGGGACGUGUACGACAAGGUGGACCCCUGUGCCGCCAAGUUCAUCGUGCCUGUCCUGUGGGACAAGGAGAGCGGCACGAUAGUGAACAACGAGAGUGCGGAGAUCGUGCGAAUGCUCAACUCGGAAUUCAACGCCAUUGCAAAGCACCCUCAGGUGGACCUUUACCCACCACACCUGCGGGCAGCAAUAGACGAGGUGAACGAGUGGGUGUAUCCGGCAAUCAACAACGGCGUGUAUCGCUGCGGCUUUGCCAAAAAGCAAGGCCCUUAUGAAGAGGCAUUCAAGGAGCUAUUCGCCGCUCUGGAUCGCUGUGAGGACAUUCUUUCAAAGCAGCGCUACAUGGCAGGGGAUACUUUCACAGAGGCUGAUAUUCGGCUGUUUGUCACUCUCAUUCGCUUCGACGAGGUGUACGUGGUUCAUUUCAAGUGUAACCGCAAUUUCAUCCGCGAAUUCCCCAACCUCUUCAACUACACCAAGGAAAUUUACCAGCUGCCCGGAAUCGCAUCUACAGUGAACAUGGCGCAUAUCAAGGCGCACUAUUACCGAAGCCACCCUUCCAUCAACCCCUUCGGAAUAAUUCCUAUGGGUCAGGGUAUUGAUUACAGUGCGCCGCAUGACAGGGAUAGGCUGCCUGGUGUUGCUCUGCCUUGCGGGAACCUGUGA